AGGGUCACAUUUUCGCUAAUGUGUUUGGUAAAUGCCAUUCGAUUAUAGACAAAAUCAAGGAAGGCGCCGUUCUGAUAGGAAUUGGACGAAGUUGAUCUGAUACAUGACGGCGACUGAGCUGCAUGAAGCAUCCUUAGAGACAAGGCCUCAAAUUAUGGCAGAAAUAGCGCAACCUCCUAAAUCACCGUUUAACCUACUUGAUGCCAUAAGACGGUCAUCAGGAAAAAUCAGAAUGGAAGUUCGAAAACGAAUCCCAUUGGACGCUCGUGGAGUUUUUCCCGACAAUGAUUUGAGCAAUGAAGGGAAGGGUAAAGCUGCCGGUCUCAUGUUCACUUCGCUUACAGAAUCGAUUUCGGCUUCUUCCGAGGAAAUGGUCGACGCGAUGGCUAAAACUUUCUCGCUUUUUCGAGCUUCACACGAUCUCAGCUCACUUUCCAGAAGCUCAUCUAGUGAUGAGGACGAAAGUGUCAACGUGUGGGAGUCUUCUAGUGGCUUCCGUCUGUUCAAUUCCGACGGCAAGUAUGGGCCACUGACGGACCCUGCGGGAAAAGCACCCAAAAUUCCCGACCCACAGGUAUCACAAGACAGGACACCUUCCAUAUCCCCUACAGCGACAAAUCUAUCACCAUCCUCAGAUGAUACCAACUUUUGGGAUAAAAAUGGGACUGGCUGUUCGCGAGAGUUUUCUUUAUUGGAUACCAUUGGCUCGCGCGACGAGGAAAGAGACACAUCUGACACGGACGGGACACUAGAUGAGGAUGAAACAGAUGAGGACAGUAUCAGAAGCCAGACCAGCUGGUUCGAAGAGUGGAAUGUGGAAGAUGGACUGGAUGUUAUUGGGCAAGCCAUAUAUCAACUAGCUUCAUGCAAUUAUAAAGAUGCUGUGAAUUUCGAAGAAGAUGUUUCUGUUGCGAGUUCAAUAUUUUCAAACUCCGAUGAUCAGAUCUCUUUAUUUGCGAAAUUUGGCAAAUAA